AUGAUUAUUCACUCAGUCCUCGUUGGGAUUGGAUUUGGUAUGCUUUUUAAUGUCUUCGAUAAAUAUAAUCCAAGGACGGUCUUGACCUCAAUCUUCCUCCUUGUAUUAAACUGUUGGGUGCUGCUCACACAACUGGGUGUGGUGGGUGUUAAUCUGGAUCUCGAACAAAAACAGGCGGACAAGCGUGGCCCAAGCUUAUGGAUGUCAGAGGCCGAUCAAUCCUCGUUCUCCUGGUCCUUCGGGCUGGCAGCCUUUGUGCUUCUUUUUGUUCUCGUUGCACUCAAUAUUCUCGUUUGGUGUGUUUAUCCCAGGAAACAUGCGGCAUUGGAGGAGUCUCGGAGGGCCGAAAGUCUCAGUGAGCAGCAGCGAAUAGAACUGACACGACUUCAUCGGACAGCCGACCCAUCAAGAGACACUGACUUAUCCUCCUUGGACGUUGGCACAUACGAUCCGCGCUCUGCUGAUGCAAUGACUGAAGGAAAUCAAAGUGAAGAUAACCACAUCAGCUCAUUUAAAAUGUCAGCGGCGGGUAUGAAGUUGGAAGAGGGCGAGUUGUAUGAUAGAAGAACUGCUGUGUUUCAAUCCGAUCCCCGCACAGCCGUCGAUGAGAAUCUCAGCCGCGUGUCCAGUCGUAUGUCUAGCGUGCGCUCCUCAAAUGGGGUGUCGGGAGCAUUCGAUAGAGAACGGAAUCGUACCUAUAUUAUCAAGAAAGGCCAAAGCCACAUUACACCACAAACUGUUGUAAGUGUCCAUUUCCUACUUGAGAAGUUGUCUUGUGUGAGAUGA